AGCGGCGGUUGUUGGCGGGCCGGGCGGUGGCGGCGUUGCCACAGCAGCGGCGGUCGGAAACCGAGCCCAGCCCGAGCCGGCUGUCGGGGCGCGCCAUGGAGGGGCUGGAAGGUGAGGUUGCAGUGCAAACUGGAGAUCUGUUGCCAUGUAAGAUUUGUGGAAGAACUUUCUUUCCAGCAGCACUGAAAAAGCAUGGACCCAUUUGCCAAAAAACUUCUGCCAAGAAAAGGAAGACAUUCGAUUCCAGCCGACAGAGAGCAGAAGGAACUGACAUUCCCACAGUAAAACCUCUUAAGCCUCGGCCAGAACCACCCAAAAAACCUUCUAACUGGAGACGAAAGCAUGAGGAAUUUAUAGCAACUAUACGAGCAGCCAAAGGACUUAAUCUUAAAGACGGUGGAAAACUCCCUCCACCACCUCCACCAUCAUAUGACCCUGACUACAUUCAGUGUCCAUACUGUCAGAGGAGAUUUAAUGAAAAUGCAGCUGACAGGCACAUCAACUUCUGUAAGGAGCAAGCUGCACGUAUUACUAAUAAGGGGAAAUUGGCAGCUGAUACCAAAGGGAAGCUUCCUACUCGAACUCAGUACAAACCUGCUCCAGUUAAGAAGAUGCCUUCUGUAGGAUCAACACCAUCACCAUCAUCCCGCUUACCACAGCCAAGUGGUGUUAGCAAAACUGUUGUAGGUGUGUCUUCAAGUAAAGCACUGUCUUCGUCUGGAUCCAGUGGGAGCAAAAUUCAGACAUUAUCACCAGCUCAUAAAAACUCGCCAGGAAUGGUGAACCCACAGGCAGGCAGUAUGAUUGACAAGUUAGGCCCACCACUGCGAAUUGGGAGAGAUGUACAAAGGUUUUAUGACACUGAUACAAAAACAGACAGUACCAUCAAAAGGCCAGAUGAGUUGUUGCUUGUAAAGAAAAGCACAACAAAAACUCGGACAUCAACGCCUCCUAGUGUGGCAAGAACCAUGAGCACGGGUGCUUUGACAAACAGAAGAAAAACUAGCAAUUCAGACAUUCACUUAAGGUCUGAUGGGAAAACUGGGUAUGACAAUGGAGACUGCCCAUCCUCAGUGAAUGGAGGAAGUGCAAAAAGCAGUGAAGGAAUUUCACCUGUUCAGUUAUCCAAGUUCUGCCAUGAAUGUGGAACAAAGUAUCCAGUGGAAUGGGCAAAGUUCUGCUGUGAGUGUGGAAUUCGAAGAAUGGUUGUGUGAACACAUUCUUUAAAGCAGAAAGAAAACAAGAAAUCAGAGCAUCUGCUGUGUACUGUUGCAUGGAAAGCUUGAGUACUCCACCCAGUUAGACUUCAUGCUACAAAAGUCAAAAGAUCACUUUGUAAUUUUCUGAGUGCAAUCUUCUGGUUACACAGUUAUUUAUAAACAAUUAUAUAUACUGUAUAUAAAAAUAGCAGCUACCUAAAACUGUGCCAUUCAAGGAAAUACUCUUUAAUCUUUGUUGAAAAUAUUUAAAAGUAAGGUAAAAAUGCUUUAAGUAACCUAGGUAGCUGAAGAGGUUCAAUGCUAUUUUGCUUUGUAAAUCCUACUAGGCAAAGGAUUUUUUAAAUCUCUUAUGUAGGGUAAUGCUUGCCUAUAGGGAACUAGCCAUGAACAACUUGGGCUUCAAAAGUUUCUCUGUGGAGGCAUUUCUUUCAUCUGUGACAGUAACUUAGAUGCUGUGUUCUAAGUGAAAACAACAUGAGGAACUCCUUAUAAAUUCCUAGAUAAAAGUGUAAAAAGUUCAGAUCUUUAAAUUCUUUAACAGUAAUAUGCUAAUUGGACUUUGCAGUUGCUUCCUAGGAUUUUUUAAAGAAUCAAAGUGAAAGACUACCUGAGAAUUCUCUUUGCAUCUAAGAAGAAAGGCAAGAUUUUCUUUUUGUGGCUUUCCAUGAUCUGUUUUUCAGUAAAAAUGUGUUAAUAUUUUUAUGUAUUUAUAAGGAAAAAUACGGUAUUAAUUUUAUUAUUAUUCAUUUUAUUAAGUUCCUUUUGUUUCAAAAUACUUGUCUUCCUCUUCCUGUGCUCCACCAUGAGUAGCAUAUCUAAAGGUGUUGUGCUUUGUCCUGUUUCCAAAGGUCCUGCUCGUUUUUUUCUUUUCCCUCAUUUCCUCAAGCAGAGUUGAAGUCUGUGCUUAUCCUACCAAAAUAUUGAGCUCUUAUUUUGAAAACAGCCUUCUUGAUGUAUCCAAUUAAAAAAAUAGUUCUAUAAAAAGGAAUGCUAUUAGAGCAGUAGAUCUUGAUGUAAGUAGUGAGUCUUUUUUAUUCUUAUUCCUGUGAAAAUAGCACAGCUUACACAUAUGAAUGAAUAGGGGAGUAACUGUGCUUCACUGCUAUAUGUGUCAAUACCUGAAUUUUAAUUUUUUUUUGUAAUUUUAUGUUUUUCUGAUCUCAAAACAGCAGUUUCUUCAAGUUAGUAAUAGACUUCACAUUAAUCCAUUGGGAAGAAAGGAGAGACUCAAAGUUGUUGGGUUUUUUACUAAUUACACAGUAAAUUAGUAAAUUACACAUUUACUAAUAAAACAAGCCAAAUCACUUAAGCUGUAUCUUAUUGUUGUAAUUUAUUUUGUGAAGUUUUUCUUUGAAGUACUUGCACUGUCUUCAUUAUGUGUGAUAGAACAAUCUGAAAUAACUUAACUGUGCCUUUCCCACAGUAAAUGCAUUUUUUGUCAGAAACUGGUACUUCCAGCUCACAAACACCAUUCAUUUCAAUUAAUUUAAUUUCUUCACAACUUAGACAAAAUAUAAUGUAGUGCUCCAUGAUAGUUUUAUGGUCCUUGCUUACAUUCUUACAAAUUGUGAUUAUCAAUGGGGCCAAUUUGGAAGAAAGCAUGAUUGAAGAAAAACAUCUUCAAAGCAGAUACCAGUCUAAGAGUGAGUGAUUUAAGAGACUUGAUGUAGUUAUCUUGCAGGCCACAAGCUAUUCAUGUUUUAAAAUUAGUUCAUUGAAUGUCUUGCACUUUUUAUACAAUUUUUUUAAUAAAUUAUACUUCAUUCAGUGUAGUCUUUUCACAAUUGGUAUAAACUGGCUACUGAGCAUGAUAGGAUGGAUGACUGGUAAUGAUACUUAAAACUGACAAAUCCUAGCCAGUUUAUUUUCUAGGAGUUUUGAUUCUAGGAUCUGUAUUAUGGCACAUUCAUGUCUGUAUUUGGAAAAACUGGAAUUCUGCUUUCUUUCCUUAGAUAAGCCUGCUUUGGAGAUCUUGCCCUGGACUUGGGCCAUGGAGGUCUGCAGGGUGAUGUAUUGUGAGCUGAGAGUCUAACAGCAAAGAUACCAGUCCAGAAUAGGUUUGAUCAGAUAGUGAAUCUACUCUUGCCUGAUGAAUUUGCAGUUGUUUCUGCUGGAAAAUGCAUUUUUCCAUUUAUUAAAAAUGCUUUCUACAAAGCACUAAAUACCUUUCAGAUUAUUGUAACUCCAGGAAAAAACAUAUUGGCUCUUCUUUGAAUUUUAGGUGGCAGAUCUCCUAAUUUCAAAUCAAUACUCAUACAGUUACUGUAUUUUCUGCUUUGUGAGCUGUUUGUGAGAUUCUUUGCUUUAAAUGCAGCAUUUAGUAAAUUACUUGAGUAGCACAUCAUUUGCUUCAUUUACACUUAUGUGAUUUAUCAUGAGGAUUAAAUAGGGAAUUAACCUGAACAGAAAAAAGGUUUUUAAGACUGAUCUUUUUAUUUGGCCCUACAAAGAAGGUCUAUGAAACAUAAUCGACUUUUGAUAGUGACGCUGGAUAAUGUGUGUGUGUUGUAAUCCACAGUAAGUAUAAGCAGAGAAUGGAAUUCUUUUUGACUGUGUAGUUUGGUGCUGUAUGGUAAGACUUAUGAGGCUCAAUACGUUUUGUGUUUGUCAACUGGUUUCGUUACUGAAUGACAUAGGAUUCUGAAUUCUGUGAUGUCACAGACCCUAACCUGUAUUACUCAAAGUAUCAGCAGAGAUCACUGUAAUUCCAUCUCAGUGGAUGGUUGUACAAAGCAGUGGAUUGGUUUUCAUAACGUCCCCAAAGAACUGAAUGUGGGAAAUAAAUUUGUUAUAUUUAAAGGAAAAAAGAUUCAGGGAGUUGGACUGAAUUGUCAAUCUUUAGUAUAUUACAUGUGUCAAGAAGUUCCCAAAUUUAAUUUAUUGGUGAUCUACAUCCAAACCCUCUUGCCCUAGUCUUCUCCACACCCUUAUACCUUGGCUUUCAUGGGAGGAAAAACAUGAACUAUGCACCGUCCGUUUAUAGUGAAAUUUAGUGAUGUAAUUGUUGUGAUGAUUCCUAUACCAAUGUAUAACCCUAUGACAGAUUUACUGUCUGCCAUUUUAUCUUCCUAAUGUUCUUACUAAGGUUCUUCCAUUCUUUAAAGAAGGUGGGGUGUAAAAGGUUAACAGUAAAAUUCCAUUUAAAGAAACAAGAAGAGGCUGGUUUUGAUGUUUGGCCUGAGGGAGUUUGCAUUCCCAUUCUACUUUUGUGUUUUUUUUCUUAUACAAAGGACCUCUCUGUGCCAGGAGGUGUAGUGCAAGAUCAUUGGAACUAUGCUGAUAAAAGUGCAAUGGAGUUAUGACAAAUGCUAGCUUCAGUAGUAAAAACAGCAUAGCAUAAAGCUUAAUUGCUAUAUGAUGUACCUUAUACAGGUUUAUAUUUAUGCAUGAUGCCCACACCCUAGGUAGUUUCAGAACUGGAAUCUCCAAAUAUACAGCAAUUAAAAUAUGUAUUUAUAUGCAUAAUUAGUCUUACACAUCACUGCAGGGAGGUGGGCACAGGGAAGUGCUUCACCCCCAUUUCAGGUUGUAACUAUGAAAUUAGCAUAUAGGCAGAAUUUUUCAAAUUUGCCAAAGAGACUCGAAGAGCCCUUGGACUCCCUGGAGGGAGGGGGAAAGCUCCACCUGGGAGUUUCCUGGCUGGGAGGGCAUCAGGCAGGGGCAGCUCUCCUUGGUGCUCCAGCACUGAGCCUCUCCCACGGUGCUGGGGCAGCAGCCACUCCAGUGCAGCCACACGUCCUGUGCCUUCACAGGAUGGGAGCUCCAGAUUGUAUUGUAACACCCGAGCCAGUCUUUAUGCAUCAUGGAAGUGCUCUGUCAUCUGCAAGGGACUAGCUCCUAAUUCACCAUCACAGCUGAGAGCUGGUGCCUGAAUGCAGGGAGAGCAUUUCCGUGAUGCCUGCUUACCGAGUCAGUGGAAGGAGGUAUGACUGCAGUACUUUAAAUAAACAAGAUGUGUGCACACUGAUGUGGACUAUGUAAAUAGUCUGCAUAUAAAAUUGAAUGGUAUUGUCUAUGUAUUUCAAAGGUCACAGGAAGUGCUAGUUUCCAUCACAUAGACUUUGUAUAUCUGCAAAGAACAAACUUGUUAGGAGUAUUUUUAAUCUUGGCUGAAAAAAUUGUGUUUAGUAAGAGCACUUUUUUCAAUUUCAUUUCUAUCCAGUUUGAGUAAGCUAUGAAUAGUUAAAUAGGUUGUAUGAGAAGGUGGAAUUUUCAUCUUUGGUAACAUUUGUUUUAGUGACUCGGGUGAAAAUAGUUUAAUUGCCUUUCAAGUACAGCUUAUUCCAACUUGUGGUUGUUUUGUUGCUGGUUGGUUUAGUUGUUUUUUUUUUUCAUCUUGCUAAGUAAGGUUUGAAUGACCUAAUUGUGUUGUUGGAAGAAGUGUUAGGUAAAAGACUUCAUUAGCUGAAUUCAGUAGUUACUUGGUUGAUAUUUUCAUUCCAGUAUUCACAGUAUAAGAGAUUACUCUUGUAUACUAGUUCAUUUUUUGGUUUGUUUUGGGUUUGGCUUUUUGGUGUUACAUCAGCCCAGAAUAAUAGACAUUUCUGGAUGAUCCGAUUUAGUCCCAUUCUACUUCGUCUUGCCAGAAAAUAGCUUCUUCAUAUUUUCUCUUAAUAAGUAUUCAUUCUUUACAAAAAUAAUCCAUAUGGAAAUUAUGUUUUCCAUAAUUUUCCAUAUAUGGAAAUUAUAUUUUCCAUAAUUUUAUUUUCCAUUUUAAAUUUGAACAUUUAAGUCAGCAAACCAAAUAUUCAAUUUAAUAUGGCUGAGUAUUGAACCCACGUUCUAAAAGAAAUGCAUGGUUUACCAUAGUUCUAUAUUUCAGUUUCACUUUCUGGCAGAACCAUGAAUGGAUUUGGGUGGGAUCUGUAAAGUGCUGAGUACAGUACAGCUGUUACAAAACCUACUUUAUAUGAUUGCUCUAACUCUUGGUGUUCAUCCUUCGUAUGACACUUAAUAUGUUUCUCUUCAGAAGUUUAUUUAUUAAUGUUCUGUGUUUUUAAAUGGCGUGUUCAUUCAUGUGUUGGACGUGAUUAAUUUUUUCAGCAUUGCAUUUAUUAUGUUUGCCUUGCCCCUCAGUACAUAGGAUAUUUGUUUGUGACCAUCCAGUGAGGUGGUUUUUUUGCCAGAAUUCCUUGGUUUGUUUGCCUCUUAUUUUGUAUAUUAUGGUUAUUUUAAAGUGUCAGUUCUGUUUUAAUUAAUAAAUGUAAAUCACCACCUAAUGCUAAUUUGGCACUUGUUAACAAUAAAGCAAAUAUGCCAAUAAAGCUUCUUGUGAUGUGCAA